CGCGACUACUUCACAGUAUUCCGGGGUCAAUCGGUGAUCAGCUGUGAUCAGCCUACGAAGGUUGCUAUCUCUUGUCGAUCACAAUCCACUGCACUUGUGUGAAAGGAUUUAUUAUUCGCGAAAAUGUGUCUCUCAAUCAUGAGAUUUGCACGUGAUUUAUCCUUCUAACUAAGAAACAAUGUUUUACAGCGCUCAAAGAGAAUCGAAAUAGGGAUCUGUUAUGAUAUUAAUUAUAAUCGUGAUAUCAUAUUCCGAGAGAAUUUCCUAAAAUAUCGGGGAAGCAUAUGAGAAACUGCUACCCUAUUAAUCGGCGAAAAUGCCGGUCGGCGUAUUUCCAGCUCUUAAAUUAGGUGUACUCUUUAUCAAACAAAUCAGCAAACCUUUAGCCAAGUUUCUUGUCAAUCAAGCAAAAAGUCAUGCGAUUUUCAGGACUUAUAUUAUUAUGCCACCUGCUCAAUUUUAUCAUUGGGCAGAAGUAAAAGCAAAGAUGUAUAUCAUGAAUCUUGGUAAGCCUACAAAAGUGGCAAAACUGAAUGAAUCUAUGGCUAUUGACUUGGGCGCUAGUUUGAUGAGUGAAAUGAUUAUUUUCGGCGUAGCUGGUGGAUGUGUAAUAUUGGAGUAUAAUAGACAAGUUACGAAAGAGGCAAAGAAAGAAGAGGUCCGUCAGAUGCAGAUACAAAAGUUUACAGAUGAUAUUCAGGCAUUGUACAAUACUACAUUACAACAGGAAGCUCGAAUUCAUUAUCUGCAAACUGCAAUCAGUGACUUGGCCAGGCAUACAAAGCAUAAGUUACCUGAACCUGUAUUGCAACAAAUAAGUAACAGUAAUAAUAGUUUAGAGGAUAAUACAAAGAAGAAUCCUAAUAAAGAUAAUCAAAGUACAACAGAAAUCAAUACAGAAAGUGAAAGCAGAUCAUUGAUAGAGCGUGCGGUAAUCUAUUAUAAAGAAUUGAAAGCGGAUAAAAUUAGUUAAACAACGUUUUAUACCUCUCUCUGACUUAUACAUCAUGGAAAAAUAAUCUGAGAUAUAAACUGAGGUGCUGGUAUUAAAAAAGAAGCAUUCAUAACAAAAUGUAUAUAUUGAUUUUCUGCUAGAUUGUAUAUUGUAAUUUAUUUUUAAAUUGCAAUUGCACUAGUCCUCAGUGCAAAGAGUUUUAGCUAAUAUAUAAAAAUGCAUAAAUAUAUACAUCUGCCUGUAAUUUUAAA